AUGGAGUCACUCACAAGCCUCGUUCUUGGUGCCUGCGACCUUCAGGAGCUGCCCGGAGACAUCGGGCAGCUCUCGAACCUGGUUUUGCUGAAGCUGUCCAGUAACAAGCUCGUUACUGUGCCCGACUCGAUCGGGCAGCUGGGGAAGCUGAAGAAAUUAAUAUUCAUGGAAUGCAACAGCCUGAUUGAGCUUCCAAAUUCCUUCACCAAUCUCGGCUCCUUGGAAACAUUUUUCAUCCACGGCGGGGCUUCCCUAGUAGACCUCCCUCCAGGCUUUGAAACCCUCCCAAAGCUACGUACUCUCUACCUCUUCAACUGCGUCUUCACGAGCCUGCCAGACAGGUUUGGGGACCUUCCCAGCCUGGAAGUGCUCAGGAUCGGGACAAAGGCAACGUACAGCCCAAAUAGGCUGGAGACCAGGAGCGAAUCAGAUUACGGGCCUGAGCUGGAAGGCGCCUGCGCCCUCCACAUGCUUCCCCAGCCCCUGGUUCGCCUCACAGGCCUGGUAGAGCUCGUUUUGGAGGGGUGUGAGCUGCUGGAGGAGUUGCCGCCAGGCAUGGGGGGGCUGGCCAGCCUAAGAGUGCUCCAUGUUAAGAAUUCCCCUCAGCUGCGGCUCUUCCCGUCGCUGCUCUCCUCGCCCAUUCACAACCCUGCCGGAGAUUCUUCUACUCUCAAGACAGACCUCCCUGCUGCUGCUGCUGCUGCUGCUACUGCUACUGCUACUGCUGCUGCCUCUGAUGCUGCUGCUGCUGCUGCCACUGAUGCUGCUGCUGCUGCCGCUGCUGCUGCUGCUGCCGCUGAUGCUGCUGCUGCUGCCGCUGAUGCUGCUGCUGCUGCCGCUGCUGCCGGUGCUCCCCCAUUUCCAUCGCUGGAGCAGCUGGAGAUAUCUGACUGCCCGCGCCUGGAGAGUCUUCCAGAGGGCCUGCAUCUGCUGCCUAGGCUGGAACUCCUCGCUCUUGAAGACUGCCCCAGUCUAGAGCUCACACACCAGCUCACGCACCAGAGCCCCUUGCCACCACCCACAUCCCCGCCCCCAUCGACCUCCUCCUCCUUCCGUCCUCUGGUUGCGCCCAUCUCCCUUCCGACUUCCAUGAAAACCAUCAUCCUCUCUAAUGUCUUCCAAUUGGAUCUCCUAUCUUCUCUGCAGCAUCUUCACAUCGCUCUCUCCAUCCUUUCAGCACUCCCCGAAACAUUGGGCGAUCUGGUGCAGCUGAGAGUGCUGCUGCUCGAGGAGUAUCCUGCCAUGGCCUCCCUUCCCACGUCCCUCACUAGCCUCACCAAUCUCCAACAACUGACACUCAAUUCACUCCCUUUGCUGACCCACCUGCCCGAGGAUAUCGGGCAGCUUAAAGCUCUGCGCGAUCUGAGUCUGGAGUCGUGCCAAGCGCUUAAAGCCCUGCCGCCCUCCGUCACCCUCCUCUCCUCCCUCGUGCGUCUCACCAUCGUCGAGUGUCCUAAUUUCACCCGCCUCCUGAAUUCCAUCUCCUCUCUCUCCAGCCUUGCCUCUCUCACACUGAAACGGCUUGCAUUCCUCUGCCGCCUCCCCUCCUCUCUCUCCCUCCCAUGCCUUAGAAAGCUCUCCCUGCAAGGAUGCAAGCGCCUGAGGGCCCUGCCCUGCGACUUGGCCAGUUUGUCCUGUCUGGGGGAGGUGGAUCUGGACGGGUGCGUGCAUCUGAAGGAGCUGCCACAAUCGCUUGUGGAUAGAAUGAAUGUGAUUGAAGUGAAGGGUUCUUGGGGAAAGAGCUGGUAA